UUCACGAGCUCUAAUUUGGUCGGAAGUGUGUAGUUAUUUUAAUAUUAAAGCAGUUAAAUCUCAUUAACAUACUCCACGGUUCUCUUUAGUAUAAAGAAGCACAUUCAUUGAGACGGCUGAAAUACUAUUAGAACGAUGUCAUUCAAGAAGGACGUGGUCCUACUAAUUAAGCCCUACUACUGGGUCAACAUUCUUAUGAGUAUUUCAUAUAUUGCGGCCAAGCGUGCACCAAUGAUCUGCAACUAUCUAUGGACUUAUCUGUUUAAUCAGCAAGAUCAAUGCGAACUGGAUGGCCGAGAGACGGAAAUUUUGUUCUUUUUGCUGAUUGUGGUAAUGAUUCGAACCAGAAAAACGGGAAGCGUUACUAUGAUUAACUACCUGACAUCUAGUUUUACCUACACUAAAAUAGCCAAUCUAGGAUUGUGGUUCUACAGCGAUAUUCGAUUAGGUCUAAUUUAUGGAGCACUGUUCAUUCUAGUAGCACUAACUCUUCCGGAACCCACCUAUUCCGGACCCGAUAACGUUGUGUACUUGCGUUCGGAAAACGGUUUGGAUGAAGAGCUGGAGCGAGACAAGCGGGUCAAUUGGGUAGUAACUUUCUACACUGUAUGGAAUCCGGCCUGCGCCAACUUUGCUCCAAUUAUCGCCGAGUUAUCGGCGGAAUAUAGUCUACCUAAUCUUAAAUUUGGUAAAGUUGAUAUAGGACGAUUCCCAAGCAUCGGUCAAAAGUAUCACGUCUCCGAUAGUUCAUUUAGUCGGCAACUUCCCACAGUGAUAUUGUUUCGUAAUGGCAAAGAAGUGGCCCGCCGACCGCACGCGGAUGCCAAGGGUAAACUGGUUAAGUUUUUCUUCUCUGCCGACAACGUUAAAGCUGCCUUCGAUCUAAACAACCUCUACAAAGAGUGCAAAGAAAAUCCAAUCAAGGGACCAAAAGCAAUUGCAUCGACCACAGAAAAGAAGAAAAAUUAAAACAAAUAUUGAGUUGUGAAAUAAUCGUAUAGCAUUUAGGAAUUGUCGAUUUUAUUUGACAUAAAAUGUGUGCCGUUUUAAUUUAUGUUAGUUUUGUGAUCCGUCGGAUUUCGUAAAAAACGAACAAGCUAUUUAAACUAGAUAAUUAAAACAUUGUCGUGGCGUAAUCUAGUAUCUAAUUGCAAUUAGUGUAAAAGUGAUAAUUAUCUAUUCGCGUUGAACGAAUACGUUUUUCAAGCAUGCUACACAAAUCACGAACCUUUUCGUCCGUCAAAGGUUUGGUACAGUAAUGCCAUUAGUAUAGUCUAGACCGCCUUCGCAUUCAUCGGUCUUGUGUUGAAAUAUUUUUAAGGUCGCAAACAAUGGAUCGAAGAGAAUGUUUAUCGUAGUCAAUAAAUCUAGUGCAUUUUUUUCGUUGAAAACCUGCAUAUGUUCAUUUUUUAAAAAAACCUCGUUAUUAAAUAUCCUCCAACAAAACAUUAUGCACAAUGUUUUCAAAUUAAAUUUUCAGCGAAUCACCAUCCAUCAAUGCUCAAUCACAUCGGAAAAUUAUUUUUAAAAAUAGUAAGGGCUUGCA